AUGCCUCUCGACGGACUCCACCUACUCUAUCAACUGUUCAAUUUCCUUUUUUUAAACCCUUUGUAUGAAUGUUUUACACAGGCCAGGGAAGAGGGCCUUCGACGACAAGCUCUUCUUCUCCGACGUCAAGAAGAAAAACGUCAGCGCGAGGAACGUCGUGCUGUAAUCCGGGCAGCUGGUGGUACCGUGGACGAUUCGGAUUCCUCCUCCUCGGCCUCUGUCUCGUCGUCCUCCAAGUCACCGCUUCGCAAACGACGUUCUACUGGACACAGGCGUGAUUCACCCUCUUCACCACGUGCUCGAGGAAAUGGAAGCCACAGUCACAGAGGAUCGCCUUGUUCUCCCCGAUCCAUGGCCUCAAAUCCGCGACGAUCUCGGCGUCACAGUCGUUCUCCCGGUAUUCGUAGUCCGUAUCGCUCGGGUAGACUUCCUUCACCGCCUGCAUCGAAACCCCCGCCUCAUUCACCUCACGGUCUGUCUCGGGCUGGCAGCGCCCGUGGUGGAGCUGCACAUUUCCCCCCGCGUGAUUUUUCUCCAAAAAUGCACCCAAUCGGAGAUGGUCCCUGGAACGAUCGACCUCCUGGCCCGACCCACUACGAUCCUCGUGGGUCCCGUGGCCGUCCAAUGCCCAGACCUGACCGACACUAUCGCGAUCCGGAACGUUUGUAUCCGAACGAAUCCGGGCGCAUGGAUGCCCCGUACGCGUAUCGAGACUCACCGUGGCGCAUUGGUUCACCCCGUGGUGCGGUAAAUGAGCGACGAGUCGAUCCUCAGUCGGGUCGUGAGAUUCGCAUAGCAAAUCAGCCCGGACGAGGUCGAAACAAACGCGCGCGCACAGAUACACACACAUCCGGUACAAAACACCCACGACCCAACCUUCCGAAGCAGUGA